GUACUUCGAGAUCUGACUAAGUGGAACCAGUCCGAACCGUACGGUCUAUUUCUGAUUUUUUUCUAAAUAUUAAUAUUCCUAAAUUCCUUUAGGCCAGCAAAUAGGCUAAAAUCAAAACACCAAAAUUAUAGUUUACUUAUACGGAAAAAGCACAAAUUUUUAUAAGCAUAUUGUUGUUAGCUAAGCUACGCUAAAUACCCAAAAGGAAGAGUGUUGUGAGUGGUGUGUAAAUCAUAAAAUAAGAAAGUGACGGAAUUUUUCCAAAAAUAAGUUCAUUCGGUUCGGUGGUUUGUUGCUUGUGCUGUGAUUCACAUUAAAAAAAUCAAACUAAACACAAAUAGUCCGUUUUUUUUUUUGGGGCGGCAUACAUUUCUCGCAAAUAAGUCAAUUUUAGAGGGGUGUACGUUUCACUGUGUCAGCAAAGAAGAUAUCGCAAGAAAAAGCAGUGUCGUAAAAAUGUUCAGUUUUUUGAAACGCGAAAAGAACAACCAGGAGGUGGUGGAGAAUGUCAUCGGCGAGUUGAAGAAAAUUUACAAAAGCAAAUUGUUGCCCCUGGAGGAGCACUAUCAGUUCCAUGACUUUCAUUCGCCCAAACUGGAGGAUCCUGAUUUCGAUGCCAAGCCCAUGAUUCUGUUGGUGGGCCAGUAUUCAACAGGUAAAACCACUUUCAUUCGCUACCUGCUGGAACGUGAUUUCCCCGGCAUUCGCAUUGGACCCGAGCCAACAACAGAUCGUUUCAUUGCCGUCAUGCAUGACGACAAGGAGGGUGUGAUUCCCGGCAAUGCUUUGGUAGUUGACCCCAAGAAACAGUUCCGUCCCUUGAGCAAAUAUGGCAAUGCGUUCCUGAAUCGUUUCCAAUGCUCCUCGGUCAACUCUCCCGUGUUGCAGGCCAUAUCCAUUGUGGACACUCCCGGUAUUUUGUCCGGCGAGAAACAACGCAUUGAUCGUGGCUACGACUUCACUGGUGUCCUUGAAUGGUUCGCCGAACGUGUUGAUCGUAUCAUUCUCUUGUUUGAUGCCCAUAAAUUGGAUAUUUCCGAUGAAUUCCGUCGCUCCAUUGAGGCCCUUAAAGGCCACGAUGACAAGAUUCGCAUUAUCCUCAACAAAGCCGAUAUGGUGGAUCAUCAACAGCUGAUGCGUGUCUAUGGUGCUCUUAUGUGGUCUUUGGGCAAGGUAUUACAAACACCCGAAGUGGCACGUGUCUAUAUUGGCUCAUUCUGGGAUCAACCUUUGCGUUUUGAUGCCAAUCGCCGUCUAUUCGAAGAUGAAGAGCAGGAUCUCUUCCGUGACUUGCAAUCACUGCCUCGCAAUGCCGCUCUGCGUAAACUUAAUGACUUGAUCAAACGUGCUCGCUUGGCCAAAGUGCAUGCCUUUAUCAUUUCGGAAUUGCGCAAAGAUAUGCCCUCUGUUUUUGGCAAAGAUAGCAAGAAGAAAGAUUUGAUAAAGAAUUUGGGCCAAGUAUAUGAUCGCAUACAGCGUGAACAUUCUAUCUCUCCGGGUGAUUUUCCUGAUAUUAAGAAAAUGCAAGAUGUCCUACAGCAUCAAGAUUUCACCAAGUUCCAUUCACUAAAACCACAUCUCUUGGAUAUUGUGGACAAUAUGUUGGCCAAGGAUAUUGCCAAGUUGAUUGAAAUGAUUCCACAAGAGGAGAUGCAUUUGGUGUCAGAGCCCAUGGUUAAAGGUGGUGCCUUUGAGGGUGUUAUCGAUGAUAAUGUUUCACCCUUCGGUUAUAUGAAAGGUGAAGGCAUUGAUGCCGGUUACGGGGAGCACGAUUGGAUUUGCCAGAGAGAUAAGGAGCGCACAGAUAACAUUUUCAAUACACUAGGACCAGUAGAUGGCAAAAUUUCAGGUCAAGCUGCCAAACAAGAACUUAUCAAAUCGAAAUUACCCAAUUCAGUGCUUAGUAAAAUCUGGAAACUUUCGGAUGUGGAUGGUGAUGGCUUCCUAGAUUCCGAUGAAUUCGCCUUGGCAUUGCAUUUAAUCAAUGUCAAAUUGGAGGGCAAUGAAUUGCCCAAUGUGUUGCCUGAUCACUUAGUGCCACCCUCAAAACGUUGCUAAUGUUUUACACCAAACCAGAGGCGGCGGCCUAAAACAAAAAAAUAAGGAUAAUGAGGGUGUAUUGUUGUAGUAUCACCUUCCUUACACCUAUACCUACUACAUCCGCAAACAAAACACAUACACACACACACACGCAACUUUUUCAUGUUAUUUUGUUUUGUCGUUCUUUUUUCAUUUUAAUGGCAUGUAUAAAUGCACAAAUCCUUAUGUCGCUCCUUUGAAUGAACACAGGCAUGCAUUUGUUUUCCACCAAGGAGCAUAAAAAGAAAGUCGAAACGAAAAGAAACCCUAAAAUGCUUUAGCGUUUUAUAACACGUUUUUUGUUUGUAAACAAAAAAAAAACACUUUGUCAAAUACAAAACUAGGCGAAUAUUAAAAAAAUAAUAAAAUUAUGUAAUAGUGUACAUAAAAUCAUAAUCCCAAUGCCUAGUUGAGGACAAUCUUGGAUGGAUUAUGUUGAUAUAUAUAUAUAUUUUUUU